AUGGUCUCUAUGGUCGAGACCUCCAAUUCAAAUCACAAUGACACGGCCAUGGAUUCGGUCGUGCCUAAGUCAGAACCCUUACCCGAGGGAUCGACCAGUUCAUCAGUGUCAACGCCUGAAGCAGAGGGUGAAGUUCCAAUGCAGGACGUAGCCCAGACACAGAAGCGAAAAGGUGGAAGAAAACCCAUCUAUGCUACCUCGGAGGAACGCAAACAACGCAACAGACAAGCUCAGGCGGCUUUCCGAGAACGUCGCACAGAGUACAUCCGUCAACUUGAAACCACUAUCAAGCGCAAUGAAGAAACCCUGCAGACUCUGCAGCAGAAUCAUCGUACCGCUGCCGAUGAAUGUCUGAUGCUUCGAUAUAAGAAUUCUCUACUGGAGAGGAUCUUGUUAGAGAAGGGCAUUGAUGUCCAAGCCGAGUUGCGACUCAAGGCCGGUGCUCCGCCAGGAGCACCAAUCAAACCCAACAUCAUGGCUGCCAAACCCCCGUCAACACUAGACCGAGCGGCGGUCAACCGAACUGCAGCCCAGAGACUUCCAGCCGGCAUUGCCCCUAAAGGGGAGCCGUUCGCCAUGUCGCGUGAUGGAGCAUACGGCAUCCCUUCACCUCAGUUCCAGGCCACUCCCUCAUCACACGUGUCGUCCCCUUCGCACACCAAGUCUCCCGGUUUUGCAUUCCAAGGAGCCAUGUCGCCAAACGGGAUGGACGCGCAACAAGCCCAGCACGCGCGGUCUCAACUAAACCCUCAUUCUCGGAGCUUGAGUCAGGCGUCUCCCCCGAUAAGCAUCGGUCAGCCCGAGUCGGCCGAUCCCAAAUCGGCUGUGCCAGGUGGUACGGGUCCCAGAGUCGCCCGCGUGCCCUCUGCUGCGUAUUAUCCAUCGCCAUUCCAGAAACAUUACGAUCAACUGGAACAGGAAUAUGACGCCCAGGCGGACAUGAUCGACGAAGAACAUGAGUCGGUUGAUGCACCUCCCUACGUCUCCGGAUUCAAUGCUGCUACUAGUUCAGUCCCUCCCGGCUCCCAUUCGCUAGGGCCUCAACUCGCCAACUUCAAUCCGCAUGCUGGGGAAGGAUCCAAUGGAGCAUACAGUGCCACAAAUCACCUACUCGGCAAUUACGAGCCCAUGCUGGACGCUGAUCCGUUCGGAUUGAGCGCUAGCAUGCAUUUCCAAACUCCCUUUAGUUAUGAGCAAAACCAUACGCGUCAUUAA